GGAAGUGGGUACCACCUUGACAUCGCUGAAGGAAGAGGUUAACUACGGGGAUGCGUAUCAAAGCUAUGGCAGAUUGUGCAGGAUGCUGGAGACUGGGAAUCGCCGGGGUCUUUGGACCCUCAUCUCGGCACACUGCCGUCCACCUGAUGUCCAUAUGCGAUGCCAUGGAUAUACCCCACAUCUACUCCUACAUGAGCGAGUACGCGGAAGGCUUUAAUCUGCAUCCUCACCCGGCGGAUUUGGCCAAAGCCCUGUAUAGCCUUAUCACGGAGUUUAACUGGUCACGCUUCAUUUUCCUCUACGAGUCGGCUGAUUACCUGAACAUUUUGAAUGAGCUAACCACCUUGUUCGGGAUGAAUGGACCCGUGGUCACGGUAUUGCGAUACGACAUGCAACUGAAUGGCAAUUACAAACAAGUCCUCCGGCGAGUGCGAAAAUCCGUGGAUAACCGAAUUGUGGUUGUAGGCUCCAGCGAAACGAUGCCAGAGUUCUUGAACCAAGCUCAACAAGUGGGCAUUAUCAACGAGGACUACAAAUACAUUAUUGGCAACCUGGACUUUCAUUCUUUUGAUUUAGAGGAGAACAAGUACAGUGAAGCCAAUAUAACUGGACUGCGAUUGUUUUCGCCUGAGAAGAUGGCCGUAAAAGAGUUGCUCAUGAAAUUAGGCUACCCCACCGACCAGGAUGAGUUUCGAAAUGGUUCCUGUCCUAUUACCGUGGAAAUGGCCCUGACAUACGAUGCUGUUCAGUUGUUCGCACAGACCCUCAAGAAUCUUCCAUUUAAGCCAGUCCCCCAGAAUUGCUCGCAGAGAACGGAAAGUGUCCGGGAUGAUGGUUCCUCUUUCAAAAAUUACAUGAGAACGCUCCGUCUUACAGAUCACCUGCUAACGGGACCAAUAUACUUUGAGGGAAACGUACGUAAGGGCUACCAUCUGGAUGUAAUCGAGCUGCAGCCCUCGGGGAUUGUGAAGGUUGGAACCUGGGACGAGCAGAGGGAGUACAGACCUCAGCGUCUGGCACCAACCACAGCCCAAUUCGAUAACGUCGACAAUUCACUGGCCAAUAAGACCUUCAUUAUCUUACUUUCGGUACCGAACAAACCUUAUGCCCAACUGGUGGAGACUUACAAGCAACUUGAGGGCAAUAGUCAAUAUGAGGGCUAUGGUGUGGAUCUGAUAAAAGAGCUGGCGGAUAAGCUGGGCUUUAAUUAUACAUUUGUAAACGGUGGUAAUGAAUAUGGAUCUUAUAACAAAACCUCCAAUAUAUCUACUGGCAUGUUGAGGGAAAUCAUGAUUGGGCGAGCAGACUUGGCCGUCACAGAUUUGACCAUUACCUCGGAACGCGAAGAAGCCGUAGACUUUACCAUUCCCUUUAUGAAUCUAGGCAUUGCCAUUCUCUAUUUGAAGCCACAAAAAGCCACCCCAGAGCUUUUUACCUUUAUGGAUCCGUUUUCCGAAGAGGUCUGGUGGUUUCUGGGCUUUUCUUUUAUGGGUGUCUCACUGAGUUUCUUCAUAUUGGGUCGUCUCUCGCCAAGCGAAUGGGAUAACCCGUAUCCAUGUAUCGAAGAGCCAGAGGAGCUAGAAAAUCAAUUUACCAUAGGCAACUCCAUUUGGUUUACCACUGGUGCUCUGCUUCAGCAGGGUUCCGAAAUCGGGCCCAAAGCCUUAUCGACUCGAACUGUGGCCACGUUUUGGUGGUUUUUUACCCUCAUUGUGGUCUCCUCUUACACCGCCAACUUGGCCGCCUUCUUGACCAUCGAAAAGCCACAGAGUUUGAUCAACAGCGUUGACGAUUUGGCCGAUAACAAAGAUGGUGUGGUUUACGGUGCAAAGAAAUUUGGAUCUACCAGGAACUUUUUUAUAACAUCUGAGGACGAAAGGUAUAAGAAGAUGAAUAAAUUCAUGACCGAUAACCCCCAACAUCUCACCUCUGACAAUAUGGAAGGAGUACAACGCGUAAAAACACACACUCAUUAUGCCUUCCUGAUGGAAUCCACAUCCAUUGAGUAUAAUACCAAGCGAGAAUGCAAUCUAAAAAAGAUUGGCGAUGCAUUGGACGAGAAGGGCUAUGGAAUAGCCAUGAGAAAGAAUUGGCCACAUCGAGAUAAGUUCAACAAUGCACUGCUGGAACUUCAGGAGCAGGGAGUGCUGGAGAAGAUGAAGAAUAAGUGGUGGAAUGAGGUGGGCACUGGAAUUUGUGCCACGAAAGAGGAUGCUCCAGAUGCCACGCCGUUGGACAUGAACAACUUGGAGGGUGUAUUCUUUGUACUCCUUGUCGGAAGUUGCUGCGCCCUGUUUUACGGGAUUAUAAGUUGGGUCUUGUUUGUGAUGAAGAAAGCUCAUCAUUAUCGAGUUCCACUGCGCGACGCUCUUAAGGAGGAGUUUCAAUUCGUUAUCGAUAUUAAUAACUAUGUGCGGGUGCUAAAAAACUCCGCUUCCAUUUACUCCCGCAGCCGUCAGUCCUCAAUGUCUGUAGCUUCUGUAGUCCAAGAAUCACAAUAAUCGCAAAAUUUUUUUAAUGGUGGUGAUGACCUUCUUUGGACAUGCUUCCAAAUAGCUAAGUAAUGUAUGCAAAGCAUUACUUUACAAACAAAAAUCCAUCACUAUCAAACGAAAAUUUAAAUUUUAUUUUGAUAGAACUUUAAAGUUUCUAGAUGUUAGACGGAAUGUUACUGCCAAAUCGUAAUAAAAAAUUCCUUAACAAAAAAUACACAUAAUUUAAAAGGCAUUGAAUUUCCCUAUUAUUUCAAUAAAUAGCUCCUUAAAAAUUGCGACUUUUAUCGAAUCAAUAUUACUUUUUAUUCAGCUCUACUGGAAAUGUCAAGAAUGCAGAAUACAAUAAAUAAUUAUAAAUAAAUAAAGAAGUGAAAAAAACAUUAAUUAACAA